UUCGCCUUACAGUUUGAAAAAGCACAUUUUCCAUGACAAAAAGCACUCGGCAGUCAUUGGUCAGUAAAGACGUGGGAGUUUUCGGCGAAAAACCCCCUUCGGCUGGAGCUGGUUGCGAACCGGAGAUUAUGAAGUGCAGUCUGUCUUCAAGUGUAUGUUGUACGUGACGUGUGGAGGAAGCUCUGACAUAGCAUCUGAAGCCUGGUUUGAAGCUUUCCCGGGCAGUUUCAUUAUGGCAUGGACACCACCAUGAAGGCGUCUCACCUCCCUAAUUGGAAGAGAUUGGGUAUCUCGUUUCCGAGCCUAAAAUAAAAGCGAAUUGAGGGUGAGGCUGACAUGUCCGCCGGGUGAUCGCUGGGGGCCCCAUCUGCUUUCACUUGCUGUUCUGCUUGCGGUGAGCAGCCAGAGAAACAUGGAGCAGCAGGUCGGAGGAGGCAGCCUGGAGAAGAGCUUCAGCGCCUUGACGGUGGACGACGUCUACGACAUCGCUAAGCUGAUCGGUUCCGACGUGGAGAAGCUCAUAGACAGCUUCGGGAAAGCUAGCGUGGAGGGCCUGGUGCGCAAGAUCGUCAAAGUCUUGGAGUUUCUCGAGAGUUCCGUGGCCAAGAACCAGGUGAAGUGCAAGGAGGAAGAGUUUCUAAAAGCCUACGAGACGCUGCAGCUCCAGCAGCAGAAGCGGGCGGCGAAACCAUGCGAGGGGGCGAAGCAGGACCUGGAGCAGGAGUUGCGGAGGACGUCAGAGGAGCUGCAGGCCCAGGUGUCGCAGCUGCAGGAGGAGAAACUGGAGCUUCUGGAGCAGCUCAAGUGCAGCCAGUCCAUGGGAGACCACACACAGCGACAGGAACGUGAGGUGAUGCUGAAGCUGAAGGUUGUGGUGGACAAGCAGCGCGACGAGAUCCGGGCCAAAGCCCAGGAGACUGACCGGCUGUCUAGGGAGGCGGAGGCGCUGCAGGAGCAGCUGGAUCGCUUCAUGAGGAUGAAUGCAGAGCUGCGGCACAAGCAGAGCGCUGCCCAGGCGCAGGUUCAGAGCGCCAUGCAGCGCCGUGCUGACCUGGAGGCCGACCUGCACGAGAAGGAGAAGGAGAUCGAGCGGCUGGCGGCACAGCUGGCGGUGGCGGAGCAGCCGAUAGGGUUAACAAAAACAGAGAUUGAUCUAACAGACAAGAUCAUCUUCGACCUCAAAGACCCGAACCGGCCCUGCUUCACCAAGCAGGAAGUGCGGGACAUGAUUUUUGAGAGGAACGAGCUGAAAGCCAACCUCUUCCUGGUGCAGGAGGAGUUGUCCUACUACCAGAGGGAGAUCCUGAACGACGAGCGGUGUCCCGGCUUCCUGCUGCAUGCGGCGCGCUCCGCCAUGAAGAAGCAGAGGAAUGUCAUCAAGGCCAAGAUGCUGGGCAUCACUGCCGAGGAAUGCAGCAGUGAUGAGGAGGACAAGGAGCCCCUGUUCAAGGGGAAGGAGGCGCGGACGGACACGGACUGUGUGGAUGGACGACCCCCGGAGUCCCGCAUCAGGAGCCUGUUCGGUUUCCUCACGCGCUCCAGUGUUGGGCGGAGUCCCAAUGAGCAGAAUAAAUCUUCAUCCUGGGAGAUCAUUGGUUCAGACGAGACGGAACUGGCCAGUGAGGACAGGGGACGCCACCUGACCGCCGCCCCAUUGAGCCUCCAUUAAGCUGCCUCCAUGUGGUGAGGACAGGAGCUCACGGAGCUGCAAUAGAGACCCGCCUCAGAGGUGCUGCCCCCCUUUGGAGGCUCACAACACUGCCUCUAAUAGCUAAUUGGAAUGUUAUUUUUAAAACAGAAAUUCCCAUUUGGUUUUAUAACUUUUUAACUAUGUUAAACAUGUGGCAUAAAAAUAUAUAUUGUAAUAUAUAUUGCUGAACAUGUGUUUAGUUUGAUACACAUGUGGCAAGUAUUUAUCUGGGUUCUGUAAGCUAACCAAAGACUUUUUUCUUGCUUGGUAGUAUUUGUGUGUACCAAAGAGGGAAAAACUUACCAGAUGUAGUGUUUUGUCAGACAAUCGUUUGUUCCGCCUCUCCAUGAGAUACCAAACGCGUAAUGAAUGUCCUGCAGUCCAUGUACAUUUGUUGUGAUUUUUCAGUGCUUAUCAUUUCUUGUUAGUAGUCGGGAAAAUUAAUCAAUUUUAUUACGGGGAUCUUCCUGUAUGGCAUCGCCUGUGCUUUCACUGUGUUUAAUUCUGUUAGUGUGUAUGGGUCGUUCUCAACUUUACAAGCACUCAGUAAUGGAGAACUCGUAAAGCGGGAAGCAUUUUCCCAUACAAAUGUUAUUAAAAUGUGGACUUUGGGUCCAGGUGAAAAAAUGCAUCAUAAUGUUUUGCCAAAUAAACAAAGGAAACAUUAAACUUAUUAUUAGAAUUAACAUUUAAUCAAAAGUAUAGGCACAUUUAAACAAAAAAAAAUCCUUGGAGGAAAAACACUUCUUCCCUAAAAAUGUAACAUUUACAGUCAGUUUUGGUCGCCUUGAUUUUCAGCAGGUGAGGUUUUCAUGUAUCCCACUCGGAGCUUGGGGAGAUCACUCACACACUGUAAGUAAAAUUAACCUGCUGCAUUAACGGGAUCAGGUUGGGUCGUGAAACAAAGUGGUUCAAAUUGGGGACCAUCGUUAAAAAAAUAUGCCGUAAAGAGUGAUGCUGCUUGUGCGCAGACAUGCAAGGUACAAAUCGGCCAUGCAGAGUCAGAUUUUUCAUGAAGCAAAGUUAGCUUUUUGAGUUAGGUGCAAAUUUAACAAUUUUUUUUUUAAAUGAAAUUCUUAUAUUUUCCUCAGUAAACUCUUGCAAAGAUAUAAACUCAAAUCGGGAGCUGAUAAAGCGAGAACUACCUGUAUACCUUAAUCUGUCUUUCUGGAUGUGUUACAUUGUUGGGCAUUUGGGCUUGGGCCCUUCACUGUUACUUUUAAAGGCACUUGAGUUUAGCUCCAUAGUACAUUUGUUAGAAUUUCAAAAGCUGCCCUUUGACCAUGUGAAAUGUCGCCCUCUACAGUGAUGGAUGUUUUAUGUCACAUAUCACCUACAUUUUUUGGAAUUUCAUUUGUAGGUGGGGUGGGGGUGGAUUCUGAUAGCACUUAGUACCUGUUUUUAGUAAGAGAUCAACUGCUGAUGAGCCUUGACCUUCAUAAAUACUGUUGGUACUUCAGACUAUUUUUAUAUAAUUAUGCAGUAUUUUGUGUAUAUUUUUAAUUUUUCCUUUCAUGUUCUUUUAAAUUGGAAACCUUGUAUGUUGUAAGACCAAAAUAAACAUGGGGACUGGACUA